UGGUCCCUUACCUAUUUACAGCGUAGGUCAGGCAAAAGGCAAAACAACGCUUGCUUACUCUGUAAAUGCUGAACCCUAGUUUUAGUCACAACGUACAAGCUACUGCAACACUAUUUGUUGAAGCGUAAAAUGGCAUCUAUUAAGCUACCCGGCUUUUCAUCGUCGUUGAUAAAAGCUCGGUUCCUCCCCUUCAACCAUGAUGGUUCCCGUGGCAAUACUGUCGUUUGUAUUCGCCGGGAUGUCGAUCCUCUGAGUCUGGAAUUCUCCAGCACUAACUCUCUCAGAACUCUCUCCCUUCGCUCCUAUGCUUCUUCGUCGCCUGUCAUCUCGGCAAAAUUGACCACCGAGGCUUCUGCUAAGGUAAUUGAUGGAAAAUCGGUAGCGAAGACGAUUCGAGAUGAGGUAGCUGCUGAAGUUUCUAGGAUGAAAGAUGCAAUUGGUGUUGCUCCUGGAUUGGCAGUUAUUCUCGUUGGAAAUAAGAAGGAUUCUGCAACUUACGUACGCAACAAGAAGAAGGCUUGUGAAUCUGUGGGGAUUAAUUCUUUCGAAGUGCAUUUACCUGAGGAUUCCGCAGAGCAAGAAGUGCUCAAGUUUAUCUCGGGCUUCAAUGAUGAUCCUACAGUUCAUGGCAUCCUUGUGCAGUUGCCUCUACCUUCUCACAUGAAUGAGCAGAACAUAUUGAAUGCUGUUAGCCUGGAGAAAGAUGUUGAUGGGUUUCACCCACUAAACAUUGGUCGUUUGGCCAUGCGAGGAAGAGAUCCCUUGUUUGUUCCAUGUACGCCCAAAGGAUGUGUAGAGUUGUUGCAUAGAUAUGGUGUUGAAAUCAAAGGAAAGAGGGCUGUUGUAAUAGGCCGGAGCAAUAUUGUUGGAAUGCCAGCUGCUCUGCUUCUGCAAAGGGAAGAUGCAACCGUUAGUAUUGUCCAUUCUAGGACCAAGAAUCCUGAAGAGGUCACAAGACAGGCAGAUAUCAUUAUUUCUGCCGUCGGGCAACCAAACAUGGUUAGGGGGAACUGGAUAAAGCCUGGUGCAGUUAUAAUUGAUGUUGGGAUAAACCCAGUAGAGGAUUCAAAAAGUCCCCGAGGCUAUCAGUUGGUUGGAGAUGUUUGUUAUGAGGAGGCCUGCAAGGUUGCUUCUGCAAUCACUCCGGUUCCUGGGGGAGUUGGUCCAAUGACUAUUGCAAUGCUUCUCUCCAACACUCUUAUCUCCGCAAAGAGGAUGCACAACUUCCAAUGAGAUUCCUUGGAGAAGUGUUGGAAGGUCCAGAAUAGAUCAUAAUUUAAAUGUAUCUUUAUGGGGACGGCUCCUUUGAAUUUGAGUCCCUAAUUUAUACCAUAUCUUGUUCCUGCCUCAUUAUUAUUUAUUGCUAUCAGUUUCAGAAAUCAAAAUGAGAUGUCGUCAGAGAAUAAGAAUGAUGCUUCUGGCAGGAAUUUUAUACUAUAUUUCACAGCGAGGAAUAGAUAACAGUAGUUUAAAAAUGCAUUGCCAAGCCUCAAGAGGCUUUCUAUCAUUCCCUGAUUUAUUGUAAA